GCCAUCUUUGUGCGGGGCUGCGCUUCCGCCCGCUCGCGCUGCAGCCUGGACCUGGCAGUGGAAGGGCUGGCGAUGGAGCGGUGGGUGCGCUUCCAGCUUCGGUUGUGGCUGCUGUUGCUACUCCUGCCCCCGGUGCCGGGCUGCCAGAAGGAGUCAGGUUCAAAAUGGAAAGUAUUUAUUGACCAAAUUAACAGGGCUUUGGAGAUUUAUGAACCAUGUUCAAGUCAAAACUGCAGCUGCUACCGUGGUGUCAUAGAAGAGGAUCUGACCCCUUUCCGAGGAGGUAUCUCCAGGAAGAUGAUGGCGGAGGUAGUGAGACGGAAGCUAGGGACCCACUAUCAGAUCAUUAAGAACAGAUUAUACCGAGAAAAUGACUGCAUGUUCCCCUCAAGGUGUAGUGGUGUUGAACACUUUAUUUUGGAAGUUAUUGGGCGCCUCCCUGACAUGGAGAUGGUGAUCAAUGUACGAGAUUAUCCUCAGGUUCCUAAAUGGAUGGAGCCUGCCAUUCCAGUCUUCUCCUUCAGUAAGACAUCAGAGUACCAUGAUAUCAUGUAUCCUGCUUGGACAUUUUGGGAAGGAGGACCCGCUGUUUGGCCAAUAUAUCCUACCGGUCUUGGACGGUGGGACCUCUUCAGAGAAGACCUGGUAAGGUCAGCAGCACAGUGGCCAUGGAAAAAGAAAAAUUCCACAGCAUAUUUCCGAGGAUCAAGGACAAGUCCAGAACGAGAUCCUCUCAUUCUUCUAUCUCGGAAAAGUCCAAAACUUAUUGAUGCAGAAUACACCAAAAACCAGGCCUGGAAAUCUAUGAAAGAUACCUUGGGAAAGCCAGCUGCUAAGGAUGUCCAUCUUGUGGAUCACUGCAAAUACAAGUAUCUGUUUAAUUUUCGGGGUGUAGCUGCAAGUUUCCGGUUAAAACACCUCUUUCUGUGUGGUUCACUUGUUUUCCAUGUCGGUGACGAGUGGCUGGAAUUCUUCUAUCCACAGCUGAAGCCAUGGGUUCACUAUAUCCCAGUCAAAACAGAUCUCUCCAAUGUUCAGGAGCUGUUGCAGUUUGUAAAAGCAAAUGAUGAUGUAGCUCAAGAAAUUGCUGAAAGGGGAAGCCAGUUUAUUCUGAACCACUUGCAGAUGGAUGACAUCACCUGUUACUGGGAGAACCUGUUGACUGAAUACUCUAAAUUCCUGUCCUAUAAUGUAACAAGAAGGAAAGGCUAUGAUCAGAUUAUUCCCAAAAUUUUGAAAACUGAACUCUAGUAGUCAUCAUUGAGCCAUAGUCCUCUCUAUGGCAGCAGAUCUCAGACAUCCUGUGGUGAGAAGCUCACUGUGAGUGUGACACCUAUACCUUGGAUACUGUUACCAAGCCAAAUACGUGGUUUUCCUUAUCAUGCUGCACCAAGAGCAACUUUCGAGAAAGAUCCAAAAUAUGUUUAAUAUAGAUAUGAAGCAGCUCAACACUUUGGCUGAAUAAGGACCAGAAAUCAUGAGAUGUGGGUUUUGAACCCGAUUCUGCCUUUCAUUUUCUUAGGACCAAUCACAGCUUGUGCCUCAGAUCAUCCACAUGUGUAUGUCCCUCACUUUGGAACUGACUGUGCCCAUGGGAUGAUGCCCUUUGUCUCAUUGUUUGGAGUAGAAAGUCAAUCCUUUGGAACUAGUACAACUCAUCACCACAGUUCUGCAGUUAUUCUACUCUUGAUUUCUGUCGCUAUAUUUUAAUGUAGAAAGCCCUUUAGGGUUUGUGAAAAAUACUUGGGGAUUAUUUCCUAAAAGGUCUAAGGAAGCAGUAGUGUGCCAUGCCAUGAUGUAGGAGAUCUCUUUUGUCAAAGCCUAAACUCUUUGGUACUCAGGAGAUUUCUAUAAAGCCACGUAGAAGGGGGCCAAUUGCAUGAGCAAUUUUUGCAAUUGGAUUUCAAGUUCCCUUUUUGUACCUUCACACCCUUCUUUAUGUUCUCUUUCAAAAAGAAGAGAUAAAAACCUCUUAAUAAAUUUAGGAGAUGGUCCUUACUUUUUAGAGGAACUGUGCAUAAAACAGCAUCUCUUCCUCAUUCUUCACACGCCCUUAAUAUUUUUCCUCCUUGAGUUGGCGGUAGUCCAUGCUUGCAGGGAUCUCAAGGAGUCUUCAUGUGUGAAAUGGUGUUAAGUUGGGAGUUUAGAACAUUCAACUUUAGCACUUACUUAUAUAGGAGAUGUUUGUUUUAGCGCACAUCCAUGUUGGAGUGCUUCCUUUUCCCUUUUGAAAAAGACAUUUGGAUAGUAGUUUAAUCUCAGGCUGUUCUCCCUAACAUAGUUGAAAAUGAAGAAAAAAUUUUAGAUUAAAACCCAUAUAGUCUGUCCCUGGUGGCACAGUGGUUAAGAAUCCGCCUGCCAAUGCAGGGGACAGGGGUUCAAGCCCUGGUCCAGGAAGAUCCCACAUGCUGCGGAGUAACUAAGCCCGUGCGCCACAACUGCUGAGCCUGCGCUCUAGGGCCUGUGAGCCACAACUACUGAGCCUGUGUGCCACAGCUAC